AUGACACCAACUCAGCUUCAUGAGUCGACUAUCGUGCGUGCUGUGGUAAUAGCCGCCCAAAAUAUUGCGCAUUUGUCAAGCUUCUUGGGUUUCGUACACCACUUCCUAGCGCUGAGUUCCUUCACGUUGUUCAUUGUGCAGAUGGCGCAUUCUGAGGGAUAG